GAUUUUGGGAGGGUUUAUGUUAUUUUCUUUCUGCCUCCGCCUCCACCGCCUAAGAGAACUCACCGCCACCAGCUCCUCCGCCGGCAACUGUUUCACUUGGGAAACGAAUUCAGCUUUUUAGGAACGCUUUGAGAAUAGUAAUUUAGGGUUUUAGAUUUGGCGAUGGGGAAGAAGAGGAAGAAUCGGGAGGCGAGUAAGAAGACCAAGGGUCCUCGACUGCCUAAUGCCCUGCGGAAGGAAAUCGAGGCGCUUAACCCUACGGCUCAACCUUCUUCUGAUGAUGAAGAAAACAACAGUAACUUAAAUGAAGGGAUUGCCAUUGCCGAUGACGUUUAUGAAUAUGAAGAAGGGGUUCCUGAGGAAGAAUCCAGGAAGAACAGACGUUACGAUACAGUCAAGAACUACGAAUACGAACCCAAUGAACGUGGCAUGGUUGUUAAUUCUCUUCCAUUGAACUUCAUUUGUUGCCUGCUUGUCGGAUGAUAUGCUUUUAGGAGUGUUAACUUUUUUGGAUUUGUGAUUGUUUAGGAUGAAGAGGUAGCCUCAGAUGAAGACAAUGAUGGAGGAGAUGAUGAUGAUGAUGAUGAUGACGACGACGACGAGGACGGAAGGCAGUCAAGGAUGCUGCGAAACAUUACUGGAUUGCCUGCUGAUGCUUUUAAUGGUAAGAGUAGGAAAAAUGAUUUUAUCAUUUCUGAGGCAUAUCCGGAAUCGGAAUUCAAUCCAAGUCGGGAUGUACUGGAGGGUGAUGGACGCAUCAGCAUAGAAGACCUUUUGGAUCCACUUCGUGAGACAUCCAAUUACAGUAAACUUAGGAGGGAUGUCGCUCGAAUGGAAAGAAAGCCGUCCUCCCUUCUACCACCUCUCCCUAAACCAGAUCAACAGAAAGUAGAAAGGGCUGUAGCCUAUCAAGAUACCAAAAGGCAUAUUACUAACUGGGAACCUGUAGUCAAGAGGAACAGAGAAGCGCCUACUAUUUACUUUGAUGAAGACACGGAUAUUGGGUUCUCCACUGUGGGAGCCAUAGCUUCUGAGUUUGAGCCGAGGAGUGAUUUCGAGAGGAAAAUGGCAUCGUUGCUUAAUCAUAAUGAAAUUGUUGAAGCUCACAAAAAUGACGGUGCCAAACUUCUUGAACUAAACAAGAUAUCAGUUGAUGAAGUAAGGGAUCAGCAAAAUCGACUUGCAAAACUGCGUAGUCUUCUCUUUCGCCAUGAAAUGAAAUCAAAACGGAUAAGAAAGAUAAAGUCUAAGACAUACCAUCGCAUGUUAAAGAGAGAUAAACUGAAAGCAACGGCUUCAGCUAUGGAGAUGGACCCAGAUGCUGCUAAAGAACUUGCAAUGAAACAGGAAUUCAAGAGAGCAGAGGAGCGCAUGCGUCUGAUACACAAGAACAACUCGAAAUGGGCUAAACGCAUUAUGAAGCGCGGUUUAGAUGUCCAGGAUGAAGGGACUCGAGCUGCUAUAUCUGAACAACUCCAUCAGCAUGCCAUUUUGACCAGGAAAAUGAAUUCUCUGAAGGAUAGCAGUGAUGAGAGCAGUGAUGAGGAUGAGUCUGAUAUUGAUUUUGGCCCAGAUGAUCCAGCGGCAUUAUUAAAGAAAGCCAAGGAGAAAACUCUUGAAGCAAUGGAAGAGGAUGAAGAGUUGCCAAUUUCGGGAGUUGCAUCUUUGCCUUUCAUGGUUCGUAGUUUGAAAAAGAGAAAAGAAGAAGCUGACAGGGAAGCAAGGGCUGCUCUGGAAGAUUACGAUCGUUCGUUGAAGCAACUUGAAGACAAGGAUGAGGAACAAAAUACAAAUCCUGAUGUUGUCAGUGGGAAAAGAGCUUUUGGACCUACUAAAAAGCAAAUUAAAAAGGUUCAAGAUUCUAGUGACAAAAUGAGGUCUGAUAAUUUUUAUGGUCAUAGUGAUAGUGAAGAUAGCCUAGAAGGUGUGGAAGAUGAGCAGAAUCAAAGUUAUAACGAGUCUUUUGAAGAUAUCAAUAUUGAUCAUAAUAUACUACGCAAUGAGUCUGAAAUUGGUCAUGAUGCACUCUUUAAGAGUUUUGAGGAUAUUGUUAAGAAUCCAGGCCCCAAAACCACACAUGAAGUUGCUAUUUUUGCAUCCAAUUCAUGGCAAAAGAAGAAAAAUUUGCCAGAAGGCUCAAAUCAGCAGACUGGAGCUCAGGAUGGUAAACUUUCUGACUCUCCAAAAAACAGCAUGUCCCACUUACACAGCCAAGAUAUGGAGGGAGACGAUAUAGAUAGUGACUCGGGCAGUGAAGGACAGAUGGUGGAUGGGAUUUUGUCUUCUGGCCCCCGUUCCACGUAUGAACUUCCAUCCCAAGAAGAACUGAUUCGGCGGGCGUUUGCCAGUGAUGAUGUUGAGGAGGAAUUUGAAAAAGAUAAAGAAGAGGUUCUGAAUGAGGAAAAUCCUGAACCAGAGAAACCAUCUCUACUCCCAGGGUGGGGUCAGUGGACUCACAUACAGGAAAAGAAAGGAAUUCCUUCCUGGAUGCUGAAAGAACACGAAAUUGAAAAAAAGAAGAGAGAAGAAGAAGUUAAAAAGAGGAAGGAUGCAGAUCUAAAGCAUGUUAUUAUAUCUGAAAAGUUGGAUAAGAAGGCGGAAAAACUUUAUACAAAGACAUUACCAUUCCCAUUCACAUCCAAAGAAGUUUUUGAACAGAGCAUCCGGAUGCCUAUUGGCCCAGAAUUUAAUCCUGCUACAGCAGUUGGAGCACUGAUACGUCCAGAAGUGGUAAAGAAACCUGGUGUGAUCAUAAAGCCAAUUAAGCACAAGGAUAUCAAUCCCCAUGAAAGGUCGGAGGACAAAGGAAAAAGAAAACACAAACCGCAGAAGAGCAAAACUAAAACCAAUUCCACCAUUUCUGGGAAGUCAAAAGUGACAUUUUAGUUUUUUUUUUUUUUAUACAUAAAAAUAUAUAUUAAGAGUUCCGAGUAUUAAAUUCGAACAACCAUGAAUUGAUGUUUGAAACAAUAAUUUCUGUCACAGAUUGUGAUUUUUGUUCUUUCACAUGUAGAGAAGAACCAUGUGCGGCUAUUAGUGUCUCAUUUGUUUUAUUAGUUAGAACUAGCCCAUCUCUUAUGCAGCUUGGAUUAGUACAAUUGUAUGACAUAGCAACAAAGGUUUUGAAAUUGAAAAGGUAAUAUAAAUUAACCAUUCUGGA